AUGAGGGAGCAGUUCGAGGCGGCGAUGGCGGCGGGCGAGCUGCUCGAGAUGCUCGAGAGCUUGCCGCGAGGGGCGGUCGAGGCCUCCGUUCGGCUGAUCGGCGCGGCGCCGCUAAGCAAGUGCGCCAUUGUCGCUCUAGGCGGGUUCUCAUCUUCCUCGGUCCAUUGCUGCGCGGCUUUCCGCACGAUCGGGCACAGCGGGCACGGGCGUGUCCUCACUGCUCCUCGGAUGACGGAGGUGGCAUCCUCAAUCUCGCUGGCCCCCAUGUAUGCAGUCGCCGCGGCGUCGGCGUAG